CUGACGGCUGUCACCGUCGGGAUGGUGCAGUUGUCAAGACGGCAUCACACCGGUGCCUUCCGUUCCUAUCAGCGGCGCAGACUGAUGCUGGCCGCCCUGGCGGGGGUGACGGGCAUCUCAGCCAGCGCUGGACUACUGUGGACAAGAGCAUAUGCAGAGGCGGGGUCUUCAGUCAAGCAUGAGGAGCAGAUGAAGGAGGAGGAGCCUCUGAAGGAUGUGGUAGAGGAGGCGGAGUCAGACGGCGCUCUCGAGUCGAGUAGCGGGGAGGAGGAAGAUGAGGCAGGCACAGAAGGGAAGAAAAAGAAACAAAGAGUUGGCUUCCGUGACCGCAAGGUGAUGGAGUAUGAGAACCGGAUCAGAGCUUACUCCACCCCAGACAAGAUAUUUCGCUACUUUGCCACCCUGAAGAUCAUCAGUGAGCACGGAGACCCGGAGGUGUACAUGACACCACAGGACUUUGUGCGCUCCAUCACGCCCAAUGAGAAACAGCCAGAGAACCUUGGUCUGGAUCAGUUUGUGGUGAAACGCUUUGAUGGAAAGGACUUCUGGCAGACAGAGAAGAUCUCUCAGGACAGAGAGAAGUUUGCCGACGAGGACAGCAUUUUCUACACACUGGGGGAGUGUGGACUCAUCUCUUUCUCUGACUACAUCUUCCUCACAACUGUCCUUUCCACUCCACAGAGGAACUUUGAAAUCGCCUUCAAGAUGUUUGACUUGAACGGAGACGGAGAGGUCGACCUUGAGGAGUUUGAGCAAGUUCAGAGUAUCAUUCGCUCUCAGACCAGUAUGGGCAUGAGACACCGAGAUCGCUCCACCACAGGAAACACUCUGAAAACAGGAGGCUGCAGUUCAGCCCUCACCACCUACUUUUUCGGGGCCGACCUGAAGGGCAAGCUCACCAUCGGCAGUUUCCUGGAGUUCCAGAGGAAAUUGCAGCACGAUGUGCUAAAGCUUGAGCCCAUAACACCCAGAAACUGGGAAUCACUGAUCCUCAUGAAGACAAAAGAGGCUUUUUAUCAGCUUGUCAUCUUCGGAAUCGCUCUCUUUCUCGUCUGUAUUCUGGAAGUCUGGAAGGCCGGCUGCUCUGACACUUACUCACUCUUCAUUCAUCAGUCUACUCUCUCCACAGCCACCAUGAAGCAGGUGGCCCGAACCGUGGCCAAGGUAGAGCUGUCUGACCACGUGUGUGACGUGGUGUUUGCACUCUUCGACUGCGACGGAAAUGGGGAGCUGAGUAAUAAGGAGUUUAUCGCCAUCAUGAAACAGCGGCUGAUGCGUGGGCUGGAGAAGCCCAAGGAUAUGGGUUUCACCCGGCUGGUGCGCGCCAUGUGGAAGUGUGCCCAGGACACUGCCUGGGACUUUGCCAUGCCGAAACAGCAGUAACGGCUGAGACGGCCGCCCGUCCGUUAAUGUUACGCUCCAUAUGGAGUCUAAUUAAUCAUUAAGGGAUGAAC